ACACUAUCUUUUGCACAUCCCUAGAUUGUGAACCUAUGGUCACACUAAACAGCUAAAACAGGAGCGACGAUGCGACUGAUCCCAUUGGGCGGACGGAUAACGGCGAUGCGCCAGCGUAUCAGCGAACGGCUGGUGUUGCCGCAACGAUUCAAGGGCACGAUCGUGGAGAAAUGGGUUACCUACUGGAACAACCUGGUGCGCGACUACACAGAGGUGGCGGUCGGCGUGGUCCGUGAGUCCUAUGCCAAGCCCAAGAAGGCCCUUGCCUACGGAACUGGUCUCUAUGCGCUGUACCAGGCCGCACAGAACAAUCCCGGCGAAGAGGCGUUCAUGACGUUGAUGCGGCGGGAAACCAACAAGAUGAUAACUGUCGCACCAGGACAACAGAAUCCCGUCUCGGCCGAAUACCUGCUACUCCUGGAACGGGCCAUCAAUCAGAACAAAUUGCGGCUACUGUCGCUGGGCAUUUGUACGCUUCUGUGGGUGGAUCUGUACGACGAGGACGACUGCACAUAUCCGGCCAUCUGCGAGUACACCAAUGUCGGACUGAUGAACUUCCACGAGCGGGUGAUCGAUGUGGGCUUCUGGAAUCAGUACUGGCGGCUCAAGUGGAAGAUGCGCAACUACGACGUCAACUACCUGUGAUGUGGACGGACGUCUACCGAUGGACGUUGGAUGUUUUGUAUACAGAAUGGGAUCCCAGGCAGAUAGUCCCACCCCGCUUUAAUUUACCUUAAUACCAAGUUGUUCUCUGUUAAUGCUAAUUAAUUCAAAACAAUAUAUGUACGUUUUUAGUCUGACAAAGGAAUAUAGUUUUUUAACUCUUUUUGCCAAA